CGUCGUCUUUCCUGGAGCGAACGUCUCACCCGAUCCUCCCGCCAACCUUCUCCCGCCUCGCUGGGUGCACCGGCUCUUCGGUCCACGGGUCACUGGAACGCGGGCCCGUGCUGCCUACUGUAAAAAUGUUUCACCGGCUUUCCCUCCCAAACGUCUCAAAGCAGCAUCAGCAGUUCAGCACCAGCUGCAGUAUCCAGAGGAAGAACAGCAGCUGCGGCUCCGGAGCGGCGACCGUUUCUCCGGCGAAGAGCUCGAGCUCGAGGUCCUGUCCCUCACUCCCGGCGGUAGGGGUAAAGCAGAAAAAUGGACGCAGCAGGUACCUCCAAGAGAGGUCGUCGUCCUCCUAACAAGCCACAGAAGCUCAAGUUCAAGCCGAAAGUGCCGUUGCGCAAGCCAAAGAAACCACCUGCACAAAAGCCGCAACUGGAAGAGACAAAACCAAUUGAUGAAGAGUUAAUGAAGACGCUGAGGACAGGACGAGGAGAUGCAAAAACUUUGCGAGUUAUAAAAGAUGAGCAAUCGGCACAGAAUUCCGACUCGAAGACGCUUUCUUCUGCAGCCGGAGUUAGCUUCCAAGCGGCACAGUCGGGAAAGCAGAAGCAACCAAAAAAUUCUCAGAAGGCACUUCAAAUCCCUAGGGCCUUCCCUGCCAAUCCAGAAAGGUUCUACGGUGAUGAAGAUGACGAGGACGAGGACGAGGACGAAGAUGAUGAUAAUGUUGUUCGAGAAGAUGACAAUGAUGUUGAGUUACCAGAGUCUCUCCCAAGCUCAAUCGAAUGUGAAUCUUCCAUCCAUCCAGCGAAAGAGCUCAAUCUGCUCGAACACGACGACAAGACAAGGAUGUUCUUGUUCCAGUUGCCGAAAUCUCUUCCUCUGCUCAGAACACCAUCCACUGUAGUUCAUAGGAACGGAAGGGCCAUUGUCAAGGAGGUGAAAGAAGGGUACAACCUGAAUGAUCUGCCAGGGGGGUACAUGGGCAAGAUGCUGGUGUACAAGAGCGGCAAGGUCAAGAUGAAGCUGGGAGAUGCCGUGUUCGAUGUGAGCCCAGGCACGGAAUGCGGGAUGCAGCAGCACGCAGUAGCGGUGAACACUAGAAGGAAACAUUGCUGCCAGCUUGGGGAGAUCGAAAGACAGCAUGUCGUGGUGACCCCGGAUGUCAACUCCCUGCUGAAUGACAAUAGGGACUAGUUGCAACCCGCGAACCGAUCAAUUCUAAUAGCUUGGCAAAUAUGGUGUGCAUAUAUGCUAGAAUAACGUAUGCGUUUUAACUGCAUGAUUAUAAAUGUAAAUUUGUAGCUGUAGCCUGUAGCUGUUGGUAGCACUCGUGUCGCAGCAGUAGUCUAGAAAUGCUGCUUGCAGCUGAUGAGUGUUGUAUCUUGAGUACCCUUGUAUCUUACUAGCAGGCAGAAGGCGCGGCAGUAUGCCGCGUCCGUGUAUAAUCACGUUGUUGUUUGAGUUAUAUCGACGUUUUUCUUAACACCAAUGAAUUCUACUAAUGUUAGAGGAAAA